GCCCUCAAAAGACUCCUGGACACGCUGCUCGGCACUUUCCCAGACUCCUCCCCCAGGCCAUGUGCGACGCUCACGCCCUCUGACUGCGGCCCUCCCUAGAACCUCCCGCCUCGUCCCUCCAGCUCGGGACUCAAUGACGGCACGCAGCAUUCACCACCUCAUCCUUCUCCAGGCCAUUACUGGCAAUCUCGGUCCCUAAAAAUCGCUCUGCCUCACCGUUCGCACCCCUCAUUACCUCAUCCACGCUUUCCUUUUGCCGGACGGGACCUGAGCCUCUGCCAGCUCCCACGCGAUAAGCGUUGGUCCACCCGAUCUGGCGACUUCGCCCAGACACCGUCGUGUGACUGAAUCUAGGACCGGGGUUGUGUGUCUAACUGCGACGAGACGCAUCCUUAUCUUGAACGAACCAUAUUCCCGCUGUGCAGUUACUCGAUCGAUAUGACGACCGCCGUAGCCAUCCAGCCUGCCAUGCCACGUCCCACUCCUAUCCCUAUCGCCGCCGCCAAACCCAAACAAAAGCGCUCGCCGUCGGGGAAGGAGAACUUGGUGCAAGCAAAGCCCGUUUCCUCCGUUGGCCCCGUUGCCAACAUCCGCACGAGAAGGGAACGACCCUGUGACGCUUGCCGAAGGAGGAAGAGUCGUUGUGUUAUACACGAGGGUGCUGUCCUUUGUGUGCUGUGUGAUUUCCACAAGCAGGAGUGCACCUUUGUGCAGAGUCCGCAGCCGCGGAAGAGGAAGGUUACCAGCGACCUAAAGAAAGACGAUAGCGGGAACAACGGCAGUCAAAAGAAGAGAUCCGUGGACGCAGAGCCGCCUCCGCUAGCGCUCCCGACACCCACGAUAACAGCCACCGCGCCAAGCCCCCUCCCUCAACGCCCUCAACAACACUCUUUCAACAGCAGGGACACCACCGCCCUUGGAGAAACCUUGGGCCUGCAGCGACGACAGCAUAGCAGAUACAUUGGUCUCACCACUCCGUUUGACUCACUCCUUAUCGGUCUUUCUCAUUUUGAUUCCCGUAACGAAAGCAAGUUUGACUUGGGGACGCUAAGGAGAGUAAAUGAUCAUGAAUGUUUCAUCAUGUUGCCUGACGAAAAUACUCAAGACUAUGGGGAUGACACCGAGGCCUUCAACGCGAUUGAGCAGAUCGUGCACCCCCAUGGCCCUGCUUUGAUUGAUAUUUACUUUCGUACCGUCCACCCCAGUUUUCCGAUUAUCCAAAAGCACUUGUUUAUCGAACGACAUCGGAUUGGUGAUCGAACCUUCUCCCCACCACUCAUUGCCGGCAUGUAUAUACUGGCGCUGAACUGGUGGUCCUUUGAUUCCAACCUCGCGCCCUACCCAAAACCGGAUGCAAGCCGUCUGGAAGCCAUUGCGUCAAAAGCGCUCUCCGUCGCUAUGGAGCGACCAAAACUCUCCACCAUUCAAGCCGGCCUACUACUGCUGCAAAGACCAGAAGCGGAUUCAUGGAGUCUGACUACCCAAUUGGUCGCCAUUGGCCAAGAACUUGGUCUCCAUCUCGACUGCUCCACGUGGUCAAUACCGCUAUGGGAGCGUGGGCUCAGAAAACGAAUCGCUUGGGCAUUAUAUAUGCAAGACAAGUGGAGCUCGUUAAUCCAUGGCCGUCCAUCUCACAUCUUUAGUGCCAACUGGGCCGUCAAGCCCAUCUCCGAUGAAGACUUCAAGGAAGAAGGCGAUGGCUACGAGACGAAACGAGAAGAGAGUGAAGAUGACAUGAGCGAGAACGAAAAAGGUCUCAUCCUAUUUGCUCAGAUGAUCGCACUAACGGCCAUCAUGGCUGAGGUAAUGGAUACCUUCUACACUCAAGUCGCCAUCCAAGACUUCGCCAACGCAGGCAAGAACUCUACACGGCUGAUCCUCGAACGAGCGAAGCCGGUUCAAAUUAAGCUCAAAGAGUGGUUCGCAAAACUUCCAGCCUCGACGCGCAUGGACAACUCUUCCUCCAACCGGCUCUCCACCACUGGGUACCUCCAUCUAGCCUACUUCGCCACCGAAAUCACCCUACAUCGCCGCAUAGUGCAAUCCAUCGACCCAAUGACCUCAGAUCCCUACCUUCUCUACAUCUGCCGCUCGGCAGCUAAAACCCGGCUUAUCUCCGCUAUGGAUUUUGUCAACCGCCUCAAACCAGAGCACCUGCAGGCCUUUUGGUAUUUUGCCUCCAAAAUAAACUUCACACUCAUUGGCACCUUUGGGUCGCUCCUCUGGGCCACAGCGCCUGCACAUGAGGAAGCCGAGUUCUAUAAAACCCGCUUACGGGAGUAUCGCUGGACCUUGUCCGUCAGCGCUAAGCGGGCGGAAUUCCUAGACUACGCCGUUCAGAUGUUAGAUGCGUCGAGAACCAUGCUGAACAACCUAGCGGAGAAACCGAGUCUUGCGCAAAGCCAGGUCAGCAUGUCUGGCGUACCACCAGCACCGCAGCGGCAGCAGAUGAGAGGGGCAGACGUAGAUAUGACCGGGGAUGGGCAAGGAGUUGGAAAUUUGUCGCGAUUGAACUCGAGUGCGAGUCUCAGUUUCCAAGGGUUUGCCAACGAGCCAUUUGAGCAGUUUGCGAGCGAGAGUUUAGGCGGGGAUACGCCGACGAGUAUGGGUUGAGGCUUGCAGCUUCCCUUUCCAAUUCAAAAUGGGGAUACGAGUUAGACGGGGUGGAUGUGCGUUGUAUAGCGCUUUUGGUGUGGAUACCCAGGGUGGUUGGUUGACUGUUUGGGUUACAACCUUGAUGAUGUGAUGAAAAUUUGGUAUGAUGUACAUACUGUAGUG